CGGGAGAGGGACCCGCAGGGCCAGAGCUGCCGCGGCGGCCGGAGCGGGCCGGGAGAAGGAUUGGGCAGUGAGGCGGAGACAGCGUGUUCUGAGCGAGGUGAGUUCCUUGCUGCACCGCAGCUUCGUGCUGGCACAGUGAGACUCUCCUUGGAUAUGGAUCUGCUGCUGGGCAGCAGCAGGAGCCCUGCGAUUCCCAGUCCUGACCUCCGUCUGCAUGAAGUCCCAGUGUUUGCUCGGCUGUGGAGGAGACCUACCUCCAUCAGUCCCUGCUCCUGGCAGGCAGGGAUCACCCAUCCUGAGAUCUAGGGAGGACCCGGGAGAAGCUCAGGUCCACCAUUAAGCCUGAAGAGUUGGACUCAGAAAUUUUCCACUGUGGAAGAUGCUGGGAGGCUUCUUUCUCUAGUAGGUUUCUGCUACUCUGAACUGCAGCUCUUUGUGCUUCUGAUUCACUCCAGUCCAUUCAUCUCUUUUUGGUGGCAGAGUGCUGUCGGCUGCUGGAUAUUGGGCUCUUUGUUUGCACAGCCAGCACAAGGCUGGUGACAAAGGGGCAGCCUGUGUCCUGAGGAGCCCACAUGCUACUGGGAAGGCAGUGGAGAGCCAGAGGAGUGACAGAGGGACGGCAGAGGAGGUGAGCUGGACUGGAUAAACAGAGUGAUCCUGUCAGCAGAAAGCCAUUCCCUGGCUGGAUCCCCCGCUGGCACUCUCACUGGAAGUUGACUGCACUCCAUCAGCUGGAAUGUUUUUCUCCUCCCUGUGUUAGCUUCCUCUCUUCCUGCCUUGGGGCUCAGCUUUAGGUACUGAUCCACCUUCAGACUCCAUACAAUGGAGGCUGGCUCCCUGGUACGGGCAGUCUUUGAUUUCUGUCCCAGCGUUUCUGAAGAGCUGCCCCUCUUCGUAGGAGAUGUCAUUGAGGUUCUCGAUGUGGUGGAUGAGUUCUGGCUCCUGGGCAAGAAGGAGGGUGUCACAGGGCAGUUUCCUAGCAGCUUUGUGGAACCUGUGGAUAUUCCCCCUUUGAAGCAGGGAGAAAAACUGUUUGUUUGUACCAAUGACUUCACAUCUCAAGAACCAGGGAGCUUGUCAUUGCAGAGAGGAGACCUGGUGGUCCUGGGAGGAUCCUUGGACUCCAGCUGGCUCCAGGGCCGAAGCAGCUGGGGUUCCAAGGGCUUUUUCCCCUCAUCAUGUGUGCGGGAGCUGUGCCUUUCAGUUCGGAGCCAUCAGCUGUCUCAGAGUGCUCUCCUGGAGGUGCCUGCCUACUCACUGGGUCAAGCCCGGGCCCUGAUGGACUUGUCUGCUCAGCUAGAGGAAGAACUGGACUUCAGGGAAGGAGAUGUGAUCAACAUUGUUAGUGUCCCAGAGCCUGGCUGGUUUGAAGGCGAGCUCAGAGGCCACAGGGGCAUCUUCCCAGAGGGUUUUGUGGAACUGCUUACACCUCUGCGAGCAUCAGGAACCUCAGUGAGUUCAGAGCCUACAGGGCCUUGUGACACCAAUGGCACAGUGGAGGUGCCCCCCAAGGAGGAAGAGGAGCCAGGGAGCACUUAUGGUGUCGCCCUCUAUCAGUUCCAAGCCCUAGAGUCCAAGGAACUGGAUUUUGAUGUGGGUGAUAGGAUUCGAAUCAUAGGCAUUCUGGAGGAUGGCUGGCUGGAGGGGGAGCUGAGGGGGAAACGUGGCAUCUUUCCACACAGAUUUGUGAGGCUGGAAGACUCUGAGGCUUGCAUGAAAAAGGAGAGUGCAGUGGAUCUCCAAGGUGGAGGCAGCUGGGGAGUGUCCAUCCAUCAAGACCCAGAAAGCACCUGCUCCAAAGUCCAUCCUCUGCCAGGGAAAGAUGACAGGGAAGAGGAAGAUGGCUCAGCUGUACACCCUGAGCCUCCCACCAUUUUCUCUGACAGAGUGGGGAAGUCAGAGAGCCCUCUUGGCACUGACUUGAGACAGCAUCAGGCCUUUCCAAGCACAGAACACCAAGAGCCACAUCCCAAAGGCACAGCAGACUCACUCCCCUUGGACCACAUUAUGACGGUGAAUGGCCUUCACCCCUCUGCUCAGCUGCCUCCCCAGUGGGGCAACAGGCCUGGCCAGGCAGGUGAGUUGGUGCCUGAGGGGGCCAUUUCAGCCUCCCCAGGAAACUCAGAAACUCACACGCUGCCUGAGCACAAUGGAGACGGUCCCACCGUGCUUCCACAGGCUCCCCACUCUUCCCCAGAUCCUUGCAGGAGCAAGGCAGUUUCUUCUCCUGACAGCUGGGCAGCAUCUGAGUCCCAGGAGUGCCACAGCAGCAUCCAGGACCUAGAUGAUGGGAUGGACAGUCAACAGGAGAAGUCCAAACCCUGUUUCUCCAGCUUGGGAGGUGUCCAAGUGGGCCUGGACACAUGGGCUGGGAGCUGGGGGGAGUGCUGCCAGCUUGCAUCGCAGGGGGAUGGCAGCACAGACAUUGACUCCAAACUGACAGAGCAGCUGGCACAGUUUGAAAAGAGUCUGUCAAGUACCAGUGCUGAGCAGGAUAAAGUCUCCCGUCACUUCUCUAUCUUGGACUACAGCUCUGAGAAAGACAUUGUCCGUGGGUCUCCAGAGUGUGCCCCUCAAGCCAGGCAGCCAGAGAGGCGGAAGGCCCUGAGGCCACCACCUCCUCGGCCAGGCAGCCUUGCCACAGCCUCUGUGCACAGGCUGGCUGGCCAUGUGCCCAAGGGCAGGUUUCUGUCCUCAGUCAAGCCAUCCCGGCCUGCACCACGGCCUCCAUCCAGCAACCAGCGCAAAAAUGUGGCCCCUACGCAGCUUCAGCCCAGCACACAGGAGCAGCGGGCGGAGGAGGGGCUCGAGGACUUGACACGGGCAGGAUCGGUUUCCCCCCACUCUAUCCUGCUGACGAGGAUCAGAGAAGUGGAACGAGACCUGGAGGCGUACGGCAAGACCCACGCUGAGCUAAGCCUAAUGCUGGAGGAGCAGCAGGAUGAGCUGGUGAGAGCAGAGACCCUGGAAAACCUUGAUUUCUGUGACUCCAAUAUCGAGAGCCUCAGCAUGGAGCUGCAGGAGCUGAGAGAGAUGACUCUCCUGUCCUCCCAGACACCGUCCUUGGAGCCAUCCUCAGCUGCCACUGAGAGCCCAGAGCAAAGAAUGCUGGAGAAAAGAUCAAAGGUUAUUGAGGAACUGCUUCAGACAGAGCGGGACUAUAUCCGAGACCUGGAGAUGUGUGUGGAGAAGAUCAUGGUGCCCCUGCAGCAGACACAGAUGCAGAGUAUAGACUUUGAGGGUCUUUUUGGAAACAUCCACAUGGUAAUUAGCUUCUCCAAACAGCUGCUGUCCACUUUGGAGACUUCAGAUGCCAUUGGACCAGUGUUCCUGGCACAGCGUGCAGAGCUGGAGAGCGUGUACAGGGUGUAUUGCCAGAACCAUGAUGAGGCCAUCACACUUCUGGAAGCCUAUGAGAAGGAUGAGAAGAUACAGAAAUUACUCCUGGAUCUGCUGGAUAGCCUCAGGAGCCUGUACAGUGAGUGGGGCUGCACAAACUACAUUAACCUGGGCUCCUUCCUCAUCAAGCCGGUGCAGAGGGUGAUGCGGUACCCACUGCUGCUGAUGGAGCUGCUGAGUGCCACCCCCGAGGCUCACCUUGACAAGGCACCGCUCACAGCCGCCGUCCUCGCCGUCAAAGAGAUCAACGUCAACAUCAACGAGUACAAGCGCCGGAAGGACCUAGUGCUGAAGUACCGGAAGGGGGAUGAGGAUAGCCUCAUGGAGAAGAUCUCCAAGCUCAAUUUCCACUCUAUCAUCAAGAAAUCCAACCGUGUGAGCAGCCACCUCAAGCAACUGACGGGCUUUGCACCCCAGAUGAAGGAUGAAGCCUUUGAAGAGACAGAGAAGAAUUUCCGGAUGCAGGAGCGGCUGAUCAAGUCCUUCAUCCGGGACCUUUCCCUAUACCUGCAGCACGUCCGGGAGUCAGCGUGCAUGAAGGCACUGGCAGCAGUGAGCAUGUGGGAUCUGUGCACUGAGAAGGGCAGUGAAGACUUGGGCGAGUUCCAGAAAGUGAAUCGGCUCAUCAGUGACCAGCUGUUCUCUGACUUUAAAGAGCGGACGGAGCGGCUGGUCAGCUCGCCCCUGAACCAGCUGCUCAGCAUGUUUGCGGGGCCCCACAAGCUGGUGCAGAAGCGCUUUGACAAGCUCCUCGACUUCCACAACUGCACGGAGCGAGCGGAGAAGCUGAAGGACAAGCGAACGCUGGAGGAGCUGCAGUCAGCCCGCAACAACUACGAGGCUCUCAACGCCCAGCUGCUGGACGAGCUGCCGCAGUUCCUGCGCUUGGCCAAGGAGCUCUUUGCGGGCUGCGUGCGUGGCUACGCCGAGGCACACUGUGACUUUGUGCGCCGGGCCCUGGAGGAGCUGAGGCCCCUAUUGUCGUUGCUGAAGGUGUCUGGCAGGGAAGGAAACCUCAUUGCCAUCUUCCAGGAUGAGCACAGUCGAGUCCUUCAGCAGCUCCAGGCCUUCACCUUCUUCCCUGAGUCCCAGGCAGCUCCCAAGAAGCCUUUUGAGAGGAAGAACGUGGAGCGUCAGUCUGCCCGGCGGCAGCCCCUCAUCGGCUUGCCCAGCUACCUCCUGCAGUCGGACGACACCCGAGCCACCCUCCUGGCCCGCUAUCCCCCAGACAGCCUCUUCCAAGCAGACCGCAAUUUCAAUGCUGCCCAAGAUCUGGAUGUCUCGCUGCUGGAGGGAGACCUCGUGGGUGUCAUCAAGAGGAAGGACCCCAUGGGCAGCCAGAAUCGCUGGCUCAUAGACAAUGGGGUGACCAAGGGCUUUGUGUACAGCUCCUUUCUGAAGCCCUACAACCCACGCCGCAGCCAGUCGGACGUCUCUGUGGGCAGCCACUCUUCCAACGACUCAGAGCACAACAGCUCCUCUCCCCAAAGCAACUCCACACUGACCUUCAGCCCCGGCGGUGCGGCUGUCACCUUCACUCAGAAGCCACCGCAGGACUCACUGGCUGACCCGCAGCAGUCCCCGCAGCCCCCCUCAGAGGUGGACUCUCCGUCUCUGCCCCUGCGUGGCUCUGGUGACAAGAUGGCCAUGCCGGAGUGGCUGCGGCGCUGCGGCCGCCCUGAGCUGGGCAGCAGUCCCGGCUCCCGCAGCGGGCAGCCCGCCAAGGCACGGUCCCGGCCCACGCCCGCCGAGGACAGGGAUUCUGGGCUGGAGAGCGGCGAGUCAGAGGGCAACCAGGUCUAUUAUGCUCUGUACACCUUCAAAGGCCGAAACGCCAACGAGCUGAGCGUGUCAGCUAACCAGAGACUCAGGAUCCUGCAGUUUGAGGAUGUCAUGGGCAAUCGGGAGUGGUGGCUGGCCGAGGCACACGGGAAGCAGGGCUACGUGCCCUCCAGUUACAUCCGGAAGACAGAGUACACGUGAGGGGACGGGCAGGAGCCUGCACUCCCUGCCUUAGGACAGGACUGCUGGGGCCUGGGGAGGGAGGCUGGCCCAGCCUGUAGCCCCUGCUGCUCCCCCCAGGCUGUGUACCUUGCAGCUCCUGGGCCCCACCAUGCUGGCUGCUACUUCCCCUUCUGGGGAGAAACAAGAGUAGGCUGGCAGGGCAGGCAGCUGUGUGAGGGCAGAGAGUUCAGCUGUGCUGUCUGAGCCUCCUGUGUCAGCAGGAGAGCAAAGCUUAGGGCCGCAGCCUGGGAGGGUAAGGCUCAACCAAGGCUGAGGAGCUGCUGUGGCUUUAAAUCUUAUCAGGUUAAUGCUGAGUGUCUGGAGUCUGUCUUUAGCCAAGUAGUGUUAAAAGCAGCCUGGGCCCUGCAAACGUGCUCUUUGUGCCUUAUUAGCAGCAGGAGCCUGGUCUUGCCUGUCUGCAGGACCUCAGGGACAUCUACACACUGCCUGGGGAAGCAGCUUGGAGGUUCACCGAGAGUAGUUGAGCUCCAGGGCUGGGAUGGGCCCAGCCUCUUUCUGAAAGCUCUCACAGCAGAGCCCCAGUGGGUGUUUCAUCCCUAUGGCUUGGUCUCCCAUUGGCUCUAGGCUCUGCUGCUAACAGCAGCCGUCAGGUUCUCAUCUUCCAGGCGACCCAGGGGUCCAGAACACCAUCUUCUCUUGAUGGCACUGUAUCUCCUGUGCCCAAGGCCUGUAUUUACUUGGACAUGCCUACCUGGCUGCUCUGGGCUGGGGCAGGGCAGAAGGCAAAGCACAGGCUGUCCUCCAGCCUGGCUUUUGGGGGACUCUGACCAGGAUUGCCUCACUUGGGCUUUCCUGUAGGGCACUGGAGACAGCGCUGACCUUCUAGGAGGGCAAGACCCUCUCUGGGAGGUAUGUGGUACCGUGUGCCAGGGUCGUUUUUGUGCCUUAUCCACUGCUGCCGUGCCCUGAAGGAAGUUUCCUUUUCCUUGGGGCAAUGUUUUGUGUCCCCUGUACUGCUGCUCUGUAAAUAAAGAUUUGCCCUUGUGUAUAGGA